AUGAGUUACGAUUCAAGAAGUUACAGACCGCGUCAAGAAGGAAACCGUUACAGAGGAUCUGGCGGUGGACGUUACAACAAUGGCGGAGAUGACAGAAGAGGAUAUAGAAACAACAACAGAGCUCCUUCACCUACAAAGGACGAUGAAGUAGAAGAUAUCGAAGUUCGUCUCAAGAGUCUUAUUAUCAAGAUCGGUGACAAGAUCUCGCCGGAAUUACAAGUCAAUCUGAACAAAAUGAAGAACAUUCUGGACAAUGAUUACUCAAAGUAUCCAGAGACUGUCCAGGAUACUCUGAAAGCUUGUAUAAGUGAUAUUCCUGCAAAAGCACCAGUUUAUGGCAUUCUUAUUGGCUUGCUAAACUUGUCCAACCAUGAAUCUGUGGGGAAGCUGAUGUAUACAUUCAAUCAACUUUUCAAAGAAACUAUCGAAAGUUCGAAUUGGUUUAAGUUGAAGCAAAUAUUGAGAUUCUAUGGAGAACUUGUUAAUGCCAAUGUUAUUUUGCCUUCUGCAUAUAUUCUCAUCCUCAACAACCUCUUGGCUGUCUUGAAUGAACCAAAAGCACUUCGAGAUCGUGUAGAUUGCAUUGUCUAUAUCAUAUUAUCUACACUGCCCUGGAGUAUGAAAGAACUCAAUGAGCGUGAAUCAGAUGGAUUAGCUCAGGUUAUAUCUAAGAUUGAUAUUUAUAUGCAAACAAGAGGUGAUGUACCUCCUCUUCGCAUUUUACAACAUUACAGAAGUGGAGACACUCGAUUUGAGGAGAAGGAUCCUCUUGUCCACUUGUGGUAUUUGAUCCAGGAUUUGUUUUCCAAGGGAGGAAAUGUUCCUCUUCUUCCCAAGCCAUUUCGUUGGUUCGAUGAUGAACUCAAGUCGGCGCUCCAGCAUGAUAUACCUCAAUUUGUGCUCCCACCGCACAAUGAUAACGUCAAGUAUUUUGGACCUCAGAGAAUAUUGAAAGUCUUGGUGGAUGAUAGUGGCAAGGCUUUGACUGCUGUUCCAGAUCAUGAUGGUCUUGAUUAUUUCAUUUUGAACGAUGUGAUUGCUGAUACUAUCCAAGUAUUUGAGUCCAAUCGCAAGGAGUGUGCAAAAUACCUUCUCGGUAUCGCCCACAGUUUCGAGUCCGGAUUUAUAAACACAGCCAUUACUACACAGGAAAAUGGAACAGAAGAGGAUGUCAUGGAAGAGGAUACAACUGGCUGGAACUUAUCUGACCUCUUGCUGGAGGCUAUCUUUUCUCAAAUGCUGAAGCUACCUACUCCUCCUUUCCGUCUCGUAUUUUACUCUUGCAUCUUGACAGAGCUCUGCCGGACAGAAUUGUCAUCAUUCCCAAUGUCAUUAGGUAGAAUUGUAAAGGCUUUGUUUAACCGUAUGCAAGACUUGGAUGCCGAGUGUGUAUCUCGUCUUUGGUGCUGGUUUUCUCACCACUUGAGCAACUUUGGGUUCCAGUGGGACUGGAAAUCAUGGGAUCACACAUUGACCCUCGAUCAAAUGCAUCCUCAGGUCUGCUUUAUUCGUGAGACCUUGGAGAAAGAGAUUAGAUUGAGUUAUUACGAGCGCAUCAAGACCACAAUCCCAGAAGAGUUCGCACCUUUAUUCCCAGCUGUAGCUCCUGGGCCAGACUUUGAAUUCAAAGAUCCCUCUCACCCACUUCAUCUUCAGGCAAAACUUGUCAUUGACAGUCUUCGUGCAAAGAAGUCGGUUGAGGAAGUUCGAGAGAUUCUUAACAACUUCAAGGCUGAACAGGCCAAGCUUGGUUUGGAUGAGACAGCUCAAUUGGGUGCUGUCCGACAGCUGUUUGUACAGUGCCUUUUGCUAGUUGGUAGCAAGAGUUUUUCUCAUGUUCUUAAUGUAGUCGAGCGCUAUCUUGAGGUCAUGCGCUAUGUAAACUCUACACCAGAAGGACGCCUUCACACGGUUCAAAUCGUAUCUUCCUUCUGGAAGAAUAACACACAGUUUUUGGGCAUAUUGUUGGACAAGCUUUUGAACUACCGCGUCAUUGACCCCACUUCUGUAAUAUCGUGGACCUUUGAACCUGAACAACUUGAGAAUGCAGGAAGAGCUUACCCUUGGGAGAUCUUGAAGAAUACAUUGAACAAGGUAGUUUCGCGUGUUGUUCAAGUACGAUUGAAGCUCGAAAGUUAUCAAGAGCUUCACGCAGAAAAUGAAGCAAAGAGACAAUCUACUGGCCUUACCGAGAUGGCACAGGCGGAAGCCCAGCAAGAAUUGGACACACUCCGAAUUGUCGAUAACUCAUUGACUACUGUGACAAGAGAGCAAAAGGAGGUGUUUAUGGUUAUAUAUCAAAAAUUCGCAAACACAUUGCAAGAACUACUCAUUACAUGUACAGCCAGAGCACAAGAUCCAAACACGCACUGGACCUAUUGGUGGGUGUUUGGAUGGUACACAGAAAUGCUCCGUCUUUAUCAAAAAGAAUGUAGCGGAUUUUUGGUUACUUUGGAAACCCUUGUAUUUACACCCAACAUCGACACACGAAUCACAAGUGUAUUUGAGGAUGUGAAGACUAUGAACGAGGAAGAGACGUUACCAGUAUAAAGAUCAAGUAGCACACAAUUAUCUCUAUAAUCUUAAAAGAGAAGCUUUUUCACUGGUGGCAAAGUAUUUUGCUGCAUUUGCACCUUUUUUAAAAUAAAAUCCUUUAUUUGGAAUAAAUUGUAUUUGAGUGCAACUUUACAAC